AUGGACAAGGGCAAAAGCAGCAGACUGAUCCCUUCUUCAGGACUGUUGGCAGAACGGAGUUUGGCCUUUUGGACUCUUUGCUCGAUCAUUGUACCAAUACUUAUCACCUUGUGGUGCAGCUUUCGGCGAUCACGGAGGCAAGGGCUGGUACAGGACAUCGUACGCAAAAGCAAGCAUGAUUGGCAAUAUGUGGACCUCUUUAGCCAGCCCACCUACUGCUGCAUCUGCUCUCAGCAUAUUCUCCAGGGAGCUUUCUGCAACUGCUGUGGGCUGUGUGUCGAUGAAGGGUGCCUCAAGAAGGCUGAGCGUCGUUUCCUCUGCAAGGAGAUCAUGAUGAGGGGUGAAGGUGGGGUCUCUAUGAUGCACCGCUGGAUCCGAGGCAAUGUCCCGCUGUGCAGCUACUGUGUCAUGUGCAACCAGCAGUGUGGCAAUCAACCCAAGCUUUGUGAUUACAGGUGCAUUUGGUGCCAGCACACUGUGCACGAUGAAUGUAUGCAAAAUUCUUUGAAGAACGAGACCUGUAAUUUGGGAGAGUUUCGCAACUUAAUUAUCCCACCCUAUUACUUGUUCAGUGUCAGUCAGAUGCGUAAAGACAAGAAAAUGGACUACGGCAAGUUAGCUUCCUCCUACGGACAACAUUGGACUCCAUUAAUAAUCCUGGCUAAUACUCGGAGCGGGAACAAUAUGGGUGAAACGUUGCUGGGACAAUUUAAGAUCUUGCUAAACUCAGUUCAGAUUUUUGAUCUAACCAAAACGACCCCUGCAAAAGCGCUUCAGCUUUGCUCCUGGCUGCCUUUCAAUUCUGCUCGAAUCCUUGUCUGUGGCGGAGACGGCACUGUGGGCUGGGUCUUGGAUGCAAUUGAUGACAUGAAGAUCAAGGGGCAAGAGCGGUAUGUCCCACAGGUUGCAAUUUUGCCCUUGGGAACGGGCAAUGACCUGUCUAAUACCCUGGGCUGGGGUGCUGGCUAUGCUGGAGAGGUCCCUGUGGAGCACAUCCUACGUAAUGUCAUGGAGGCUGAUGGAAGCAAGCUGGACAGGUGGAAGGUCCAGGUAACAAAUAAAGGAUACUACAAUUUAAGAAAACAAAAGGUCUUCACAAUGAACAACUAUUUUUCUAUAGGGCCAGAUGCUCUCAUGGCUCUAAAUUUUCACGCGCAUCGUAAGAAGUCUCCCUCUCUGUUUUCCAGUAGGAUUAUUAACAAGGCAGUUUAUUUUUUCUAUGGAACCAAAGAUUGUUUAGUGCAGGAAUGUAAGGAUUUGAACAAAAAGAUUGAGCUAGAGUUGGAUGGAGAGAGAAUCGAUCUGCCUAAUUUGGAAGGGAUUAUAGUUCUGAAUAUUGGCUACUGGGGCGGUGGCUGUAGACUGUGGGAAGGAAUGGGAGAUGAGCUUUAUCCUCUGGCAAGGCAUGAUGAUGGCUUGCUGGAAGUUGUUGGUGUCAAUGGCUCUUUUCACUGUGCACAGAUUCAAGUGAAGUUAGCAAAUCCUGUCCGGCUGGGCCAGGCGCAUACUGUGAGGUUGAUCCUGAAGAAUUCAAAGAUGCCAAUGCAGGUGGAUGGAGAGCCCUGGGCACAAGGGCCUUGCACUGUUACUAUAACUCAUAAGACCCAUGCACUGAUGCUGUCUCAUUCAGGGGAACAGACGGAUGACGAUGUGUCCAGCGUAUCGGAACAGGAACUGGCCAAGGAUCAGACGGAUGAAGACACAUAG